AUGGCCACUAGUAUGCAGCAACAACAACAGAUGAUGGUCACUAUGAUGAGAGCCAUGACCCAGAACAUGGGUAUGCUGCCACCGGUGCAACCCGGCUUGGCUGCUCCCGCAGCCAAUAUAAACAACUUAUUUGAGCGGUUCCAGCGGUACAGGCCGCCUACGUUUGCAGGCACCCACCGUCCCAAGGAAGCGGAAUACUGGCUCAAUCGGGUCACCAAACUGCUUAGGCCUCUCCAUUGUACCGAGGCAGAGAGCGUUGAAAUCCUUUCCUACCUCUUUGAGAAGAAGGCAGACUUAUGGUGGGAAAGCGUUCUCCGCUCCAUCCCUGAGGGCCACGUGUGGACAUGGGAGGCAUUCGAGGCUCGCUUCAAUGAAAAGUACUUCCCUCAGACGUACCAACAUGAGAGGAAAAAUAAAUUCCUCCGCCUCCAACAAGGGGGCAUGACAAUAGCGCAAUACGAAAAUCGAUUCAUAGAAUUGUCGCGCUAUGCUUCUGAGAUGAUCGCCGACGAGGUGAUUAAGAUGAGGCGAUUUUCGGCAGGGCUAAGGAGCGAUAUCCGCUCCAAGAUGUGUUGUGCCAGUAUCAGAACAUAUGCCGAGCUCGUCGAGAUGUCGAUACGGGUGGAGCAGGAUGAGGAGCGUGUCACAUGGAACCGUUCAUAG